AUGGCAACUCAAAAAGACGUCCAAGAUCUCCUUCGCCUGCUGACGACAGGUCGCAAUAAGGUUCCCAUGAUGGCGGCAAUGGGACGCGUCAAAGCUUUGCAAGCUGCCAAUCUGCGGAGCAUAUCCCAAAUCGCCGAAUCAGAUCUGCCCACCCUAACAACCGCCAUCUCCGACGAAAAGGCUGCCAAAGCCCUCCUCUCCGCCUGCAAAGCAUCUCUCAAGCCCGGGUCCUCUUCAAAACGCCCCGCCACCGAAUCUCUUUCCUCUUUCUCGAAGAAGCAGAAAUCAACCUACGAAUUAUCGAAGGAACCACAAACUCCUGCUGAGCUAGAAGCAUCCUUAGCUCUCCCAGAGUUGAUAAAUGAUGAAGAGAAGCUGAAAGAGGUAGUGAUUUACACGAAUCGAGCACCGCUUGUGUUGGCGUUUGCGGUGGGGUUGCUAAGCUAUACAAUGCCGGAGCAGCCGCUGAGUAGCAAAUUGAGUCUUGGGCAGGCGGUGGUGAGUUUGAAUAGUAGGAGUAAGGCUGUUAGCUUGGGGUUGCAGAGUGGAAAGGGUGCUGAUGAGGAGGGCUGGGGCAAGGGACAGCCGAAGGUUAGGGUUAUGGGGAGGGAGGUUAGUGUUUUGAAGAGGAGUGGGUAUGAAUGGAGGGAGGCUCCUGAGGAGAAAAAGGAGCAGAGUGAGGAGGAGAGCACGCAGGUGAUGGCCAGGGCUUCCAGUUCCACAGAGCCUUCGAAGAUUGAGGGGACAAGUGGCUGGACGGUUUCUGCGAGCGUUACGUCCAAGAAAUCGACAUUUGUGGCACGGUCGAUUACUGUUACUUCUCCUUUUGAGGCGAGAUCGGAAUUGCAAAAGCUCAUGGCAAGCAACGCCGAACUGAGAGAAGCCAGUCACAACAUCACAGCGUGGCGAGUAAGUGGCGAUCACCGGGUCAUAGAAGAUUCCAACGACGAUGGAGAGUCUAGCGGUGGGAGACAUAUCCUUGGCUUGAUGCAAGCAGACGACAUCGUAAACGCCCUUCUCGUGGUAACUCGAUGGUAUGGAGGAAUAAUGCUCGGACCGGACCGGUGGCGGAUCAUGUCACAGGUCUCUCGAGAUGCUUUAUCCCAGAGACUAAGAGUAGCAGGAGUUGUAGGUUUAGAGGCACUUUGGGGGCUGGAUUUGGAAGCUAUGAGGAAAACGGAUGCUCCGGUAACUGGUGGCACAGCUGGAGGCAUGCCGAUAUACCAGCCUGGCUCUGCAAGAUCCUAUAUUUUGAAGGCCUUUGGCUCGCCUCCUCCUGCUGCUGAUUCGAAAAAGAAGAAAUCCGGGGCCGCAUUGGAUAAGGAGAGAGAAGAGAACUUAGGAUUGCUGCUCGGAGCAUUGGAUCUACUGUUCAGUUCUUGGGCAGAUCAUUUGAGCCCAGAAGAGCUUGAUCGGAGAGCUUGGAGUUGGUACGUGCAAGUGAGGCCUGAUGUAGAAAGUGGGGUUGCGGGAUGGGGUGGGAAGGGCGAGGUUAAACUCGUUGAUAUACUGAAUUUACGAAGGAAAGGCUGAUAUUAUUAUACGAGACUCUGGACUACCAUCUAUC